UGCUCCGGGCGGAGCAUAAAAUCUUGAAUUCCAUUUUAUUAUCUUCACAUUCGCAUUUAACUAAGAAUAGAAUUGAUUUGGUCAUCAGAAACCAAAGAACCUUCUCUUGGUUUCAUUUCCAGAAAACAUGAGGGGCAUUUUUUAGCCUUCCUUUUCACCGUUUAUAUGAUUUUCUCAUGAGUCAUAGGCCCUUUGAGAGGGAGCUACUGCCAUUCAAAAAACCUCCACCAUUACUUCCAUGGCCGCUCCACAUCCAUUCCAAGCCCUAAACCUAAUUCUCUUCCUCUUAGCAACACCUUUUUCAGCCUCAGAAUCCACGCCCACUUCUUGGCCAUGCCAAGACCACUGUGGUUCGCUUCCAGUGCGCUACCCCCUCGGCACCGGCCCAGGAUGCGGUGACCCCCGCUUCGCCGCUUCUGUUUCCUGUAAGAACAACCAGUUUCUGUUCACGACACACACCGGGUCAUAUCCCAUCCUCUCCAUCGACUAUGCUCAAUCUCGCAUGCUUGUAUCUGAUCCCCGCAUGUCAACCUGCAUGGCGAUGCAGUCGAGCUCUGGGUUCGCACUCGAUUGGGCCGCGCCCUUUCAGCUCGAUGGCUCGGUUUUUGCACUCCUCGCAUGCAACGACCCGAGCCGACUGGUCCACGAUGGUUCAUCCUUGUGCGACAUGGCGAGCUCGCAUAUUUGCAGUUCUUUGGGCGGCUGCGCGGCGAUGUCCACACUCGGUGUGCAGCCGUUUUCGCCUGAGGCCGCCUCCACUUGUUGUGUGUAUGCGCCGAUUAACCUGGGGCCUGCACAUGAGGUGAACCUGACCCAGCUCGGGUGCAAGGGCUAUGCUGCAGUGGCCGGGUUCGGCGACACACCCACCGACCCGGCAAGGUGGUCUUAUGGCGUGGCCCUCCACUACAGCUACGGGCUUGGCAACGGCUACUUGCCGGCUGUGUGUGAUGCCUGUCAACGAAGUGGUGGCGCUUGUGGCUAUGCAGGUACGAGCCUGAGGGUGAGCUUCGUGUGCGUGUGUAAGACCGGCGUGAACACGACUUCUGAUUGUUAUGCACAGCAAGGGCUUUGGGGUGGUGGUUUUCGGAGGGGCGCUUCGGUUCUUGGGUUGGUGAUGACUGGGAGCUUUUGGGCAGCUUUCAUGGCGGCUGGUAGAUAGCACAGAAGCAAAAAAACAAUGGAAGCUUUCAUGGCGGCUAUGGAACACUAGAGAGAAGGAAAAUGGCAUGAAUGGCUUCUACUUUUACAAUAAGAGCCCCACGUGUUGUACAUAUUCUCUAGUUGCUUACAGAGUAAUCUAUGGGCGACGUGAGGGGUGUUAUAGUAAUUUUGGGAGAAAAUAAGGAUCAUUUUGGGUUUGGAGAAAUGUUGAAGGGUGAUUGUGAAAAUUUGUAAGAAGGGAAAGCAGAUGUAUCUUUUUUGUUUUAACUCUUUUUUUGUCUUUA